AUACUUAGUUUGCUUACAAAAACAACGCCUUUGUUUGUUGUGAUCAUCUGAUCAGUUGACAAGCUGUGUCAUCUAUUCUCAACAGAUGGGUUGUGAAUCUCUGGGAUUCAGCACCGUGCUUCAUAAGUCAUCUUUGGUUUGUUGGGGAAGCUGCUGUGGGGUGAAGUGGACAAACUCCCGCAUCGUCGAAUAAAAUAGUGUUUUUAAUUUUAAAUAUUCAUAUUGCCCAUUUACCACCGCAGAAACGGAAUACUAAGCCACUAGUGCUGCUGAUAGCGGUUUUACUGGCUAUCUAAAUACUUUUUGGCAAGUUUGGUAUUGGUUUGUGAAACUGUGAUAAACCAUAUUUUCAGUCAUAAAGCGUGUCGUUCAUUGUUAACACGACGCUAAACAGAAAUGUCAUCGUACCCAGUUAAAGGUUAUUCGGAAGGAGCAGUAAAUCAGAAACCAACCGGCCCGUCAUUCGACAAAAGCAAAGAAUGGCAGAUGGAAUUAUUGAUGGAGAAACUUCGCACCAAAUCAAGCCAGUUCAAAUCCUUCGUCGAAUGUGCGAAGGCGGUGCGUAUGGCACUAUUGGAAAAAAGAUAUGCAAUAGACAGCGUGGAACGGAGCCAAUUGCAGAAGUGCUUGGAUACACUGCAACACUCCAUUAAGGUGACUUCACUUCAAGGCAUGGUGGAACGUCUAGAGAGUGUCUCACGACAGUUGGGGCUGAAGUUUGUAGCGGGGCCAACUGGUUUUGACUGGUUCAUUUCCUCAGACAUGUUCUACUUGGAAGUUGUGCUGGAACCCACAGGAAGUGUAAAAGAUGUAAAAAUUCACCAUGAGGGCAAAGUUGAACAGCAGAGUUGUGAAGAACUAGUUUUAUGCCUAUCCCGCGGUGAUUUUGCCGACUUCACAGCACAGCUAGAAGGACUAGCGUCGAUUUACCAAUUAAAUGCAGAGAAAAAAGUUAAAUGCAAGGCAUUCAGUGCCCUUCAGGGUCUUGAAGCAGAUCUUGGAGCAUUGGCACAAUUACAGAACUUUAUCAAGGAACCAUUCAACUUAGUGCAUAAAUCUCCAGUUGGUAUAUUGCAGAAAAGGAGAGGAGGCCACGCAAUGCGCCUUACCUAUUUAGUUCCUCCUUAUGAGCUCUUGGAUCCAGAAAAGCACACUAUGCAUCCACUGACAGCAGAGGAGGUCAUAAACAAAGGAUUGGGUUUUAGUGUGACUGUUUGUGUAGAGGGCUCAGCAACACACAAAUUACAGACUGCACCUCUUAUCUCUAUCAAUAGGAGCCCCGGAGGCAAGAGUACACCACAGUAUGCGCCAUUGACAGCUGCCAACAGUGCUCUUCUGCCAGCAGUGUUCUCCUUGAGGCUUGCUAAACCUAUGCCUGUGUGUGUUUCAUUGGUGCGAAGAAUUCAGCAAAUUACUGAGGUUGAGUUUGGUGAUAUUACAAGUCCUCAACCUCUGCUUGAUCUCAUAGUUCAGACAGCAUCUGAAGGACACAUUGACAGCAGUCGUGGUCUUAUCGUGCACUUACCAGAUCAGCAGCAUUGCUAUUAUAUGACUGAGACUCGAGGUACAGAAGGUAUUAUUGUGUCAAGCAUACCAUUUACACAUCCAGGGCAUGUCCCACAGAUUCUUGGUUUUCUGCGUCAGCAGGCGCUUUUCAAUGUCUUAGUUUCCAGUUGUGUACGUCGACCAGUAAAGCAAGCAGAUGCGGAAAAAGAUGAUACGUCAAAGGCACUUACUGGAUCACAAGAGCUGCCUACUGUAUUUGAAGUGACAGCACUAUCUGCUCAGAGCCUCUCUGUAUCUUUUGAGCACCCAUUAGAGGAGAAUAUGGCAACUGCUGAACUUGAGUUGACAGACAUUGGUAAUUUGCGGUGUCGUGUCUAUGGAACAGGCUGUGAUGCUGGAACUGUGGCUGAAAUGGCUAGCAGAGUUCUCCAGAGGAGCCUGUCCAUCCCAGUGACAAUGCGUUCAUUGCUCCGAUCUUGGCACCAGCAAGCAAUGAGAGGAUGUGGAGGACCCAAUGAGUGUGGAACACCAGCAGGAAAUCAAGGAGGCCCUGGUUCAGGAGGUGGUCGUGGGCCCCCUGGCUUUGAUGGUGGUCCACCAAUCAUAAAGACUGAACCAGACGGUGGACAGUCAGGUUGUGGUGGUGGCAUACCAGGACCUGGAGGUGCAGAUGGAGGGUGGCCUGCUGGUGUUGGUGGUCCGGGCAGGAGGCGUGCCUUACCUCCUCAUAAAACAUCUCCCUGGCACAGAGGUCUAUCUGAUGCUGAUAUUGGUUCCACUGGUGCAGAUAGUUCUGCUAGUGACUCAGAUUCAUCUACAUCGGAUACACAAGACCAUGGUGCGUCGGACCGCCAGGGAUCAGAUUUUACAGAUGCAGAAAUGUUUGAUGUGCCAGAAGUUGAAGCCGUGAAACCUCGGAAAAGCAAGAAAGAUAGAAAGGCAUCACCACAGCCUGUAAUUCUAGAAGCAUCAGAAAGCAAAUCCCUGGUACCACCUUCCGUGAGUAUCACAGCUGUCCCUUCAUCAGUGCCCUCUUCUGUGUCCGUAACUGGGGCAGGUGGGCCAAGCCUCAACUCCGUGCUUACAGGCAUGGGCCUGGAACGGCGUCCUGGUAUUGAGAUAAUUCCUAUUGUUCCGGCACCUGCACCAGUUCCUACUUCUUCACUGCAGAGUUCGAUCACAAUAACGCCAAUACCUGGUAACUCAAGUGGUACUUCGGGCAAGUCAUCAGGAGGUGGUGGAGAAGACCGCAGCCGUGAACGCAAGGCAGGAAAAUCUAAAGAUGACAAAGGCAGGGUAGAGAAGAAACGUAAACGGAAGCGUGAGGAAAGUCCGGGUAUGGGACCACCUGAUAAACUGCCUCUGAAGCAAACAGGUUCAGAAGGGACGUUGAAACACGGCUUGCCAGCUGCCGCUUCAAGCCCCAAAGGCGAAGUACGGGCUUCUUCACCUCAACACAAGUCGUCUGUAUCACCUACGAGGGUCUCCAAAUCGGGUAGUGGAACUACAAAUGUCUCAGGGAGUGGACCUGUUGGGGGAGCCCCUAUAGGAGCAGUGACAGUAUCACCGUCAGGAGCACGACAUAGCCCAAAACGUUCACCUAGUCAUUACGGUACAGGUAGUCCCAAACAUCAUGGCUCACCAAAAAGUGGAACAGCAGGAAGUGGUUCAGGAAAACCAAGCAUGUCUGCACUGAAGUCUGCAGCAGCCUCACCGGGGAAAUCUCCUGUGCACCAUAGUGUUACAUCUGUUGUCAGUAUUAGUGGCAGCUCAGAGCGACCACUCAAGUCCUCUAGCAAAGACAAGGAUCGUGAGCGUGAUCGCCAAGCCAAGGCGACAUUCUCUGUAUCAUCUGGAUCAGGAUCUGGAUCAAGUCCAAAACUGAAGUCAUCAAGUGUGAAAUUGAAACAACUGGAUUUGUCAUCAAGCAAUCUUACUCUCGAGAGAGUGAAUACGAGUUGUGCUUCUAGUGGUGGAACAACACCUCCUAGUGGCACAAGUGGCAGUGGAAGCAGCAGUGGAGGCAAAGGAGCACCUGGCACUAAUCCCACAGGCAAGCGAAAGGGCUCACUGUCAGCUGUCAUUGAUAAGCUAACGGCACAGCAUUGUGAACAAGGUGACAGUAUAGUAAAAGAUGGUUCCAGGUCAGGUGGUGUUCCUGGUACAGUUGGAGCAGGAGGAAAUAGUGGAAACACCACUGGACCUAAGCAGCCUGGUGAGUACAUGGUAAAACCCAGUUCUGAUGGUAUAAAACUUACUAUCAAUAAAACACGAACCAAAGACUCGAAGCCAGCAAGCCGCAAUCAGUCGAGUGGUUCGUCGACAGGAAGUACGGGAUCCCCAAAAACACAUACUGGUUUGAAGCCUGGUGUCAAUAGUGGUCCUGCCUCAAAGAAACCACAUUCAGGUGGCCCGCCUAGGUCACAGACAUCACCAUCAAAUGGUACUGCAUCAGGAUCUGCAUCUACAGCAGCAACCGGAACAGGAGUGAUGACAGUUGCUGCGUCAUCUGGGUCUGUGAGUGGAGCUCGUUCACCGGCAAACACGUCGAACAAGACUGGCGGCAGUGGCAAGGCUGGUAGUUCCAAAACUGGUGGAUCCAAGCAACUCGGUGGUUCGCCGAAGACGGGCACACGAGAUGGGAAAACGGCACGCCCUGCCAAGGGAUCCAGUGACAGACUUGGAUCUCCAUUUGGUGCUGGUGGUAAACCAGGUGACAGUCGUAAAGGCAGUGGUGCAGCUCUCGGAACGGAUACUGUAGCUGCUGAUCCAUUCAGAACUGGAACAUCUUCCAAACUGGAGGUAGCACUGCCACCACUUAAAAGCCUUGAUACCAAAUUUCAGAUACCCAAAUUAUCAGCACGCAACAGUGGGUCGAACUCAACAGCAGUGUCCCUGGGCAGCGACAGGUCAACUGUGGUGGACAGAGUGAUUCAGCCAGUGCAAGAUAGACCCGAUUCUAAAUUUGUGCCAGGAAAAUCAGUAGUAGCCGAAGGUAAUAAAAGUCCUGUACCUGGUACAAGACAGGUACUGUCUUUACAGCUUCAGCAAACUCCCUCACAACCUGUAGCCCCACCACGACCUCCUUCGCCUUCUGCAAGGUUUCCAGUAGCACCAACAGUAGCGGGUUCACUUUCGGUGUUGCCAUCCGGUGAUAAUAGUUCUGAAAUGUCGGACUCGGGACCUAUCGCAGAUACAGUCUCUUCGCACGCUCCCUCUGCACAGGAAGCAGCAGAGCUGCUGCUAGAUUUUUCAGCUGCCAAACAGUCAUUACAAGUGGCAGGGCCGUCUAUUCCUUGCCGUAGACGGAGCCCACCUCCUCCUCUUCCCCCUCCACCACCUGCCUUUCCUGCAGGUUCACCAUCUGUUUCUGUGCACAUAGUCAAAUCACCAGCUCCAGCUGCCUCACCCCUGGUGACCCCCUCUCCCCAUUCUGUGUCACCCUGCAUCACUGAUGACGAAUUGAUGGACGAAGCAUUGGUCGGAAUGGGUAAAUGAGGUACGGCACCUGCCCAGUCAAGCUCCUCCUCGGGUUUGUCGUGGGCAUCAGCUGGUGAUAUGUGAACUUUCGUGUCAUUGUUACUGUGCUACAUACCACAAAAGCUACACUUGUCACUGAAGUUACUAUGUGUGGUUGCUGUGUGUUGAAAAGUGCUUCUUAUACUCAGACUUUUUUGUAAGGUUGACAGUGAUUCAUGUUGUCUCUGUGCUACCUGAUUUUAUUUUCUGAGAAUAAGUGUAACUGUAUUACAUUUAUGCCUUUACAACUGACAUGAAAUGUCCCAUGAUUGUGAUGUGUGUCAUUCUAAAUUUUUGUUUCAAUAUGGUUCUUAAAUUUAGACUAUACCAGGAAUGCAAUUCAUGAUCAGACUUUUGCCUAUUAAAUUUUUCUGUAUCUUCGUGUUUAUUUCUUCGCACAGAGAAUAUUGUGAAGAACUUUGUUACUUUUUCUCUGAUAUGGCAGGUGAACAAAAUAACCAGUUAGUGUGUAAUGUGGAGAUGCUAUUAUGUGCCUCAUGUUUUGCAAUUCCUUGUACUUAUGCACCAUUUGUGUAUGCAAUACUUUGGAACGGUGAUAGAGAUUUCCAGAUGUGACCGCUCAAAUGUAUAUAAUGAAGUAUUGAUGUCUGUCUAGCAAUACAUUUACACACUCUUGUAUUAAUCUAGAAUUCUCUUCGUAUUAAGUACAAUAUGAAGGUAAUAUUGAGUGGCACAACAUAUGGAAUUUGGGCAUUUAGUUCUACAUCUGUUAGGGAAAACUUCAAUGUGCAAUUUUAAGCAAAUUUUUAUUUUAUUAAUUAUGUUGGAAUGUGUGCAGAAUGUGAGUUGCUAAAAGA